AUGUCAAGCAGAGACGAAGAUACAGAGAGUGACCUCGAGCGCCGGGCACGCUUCCGUCGGAGAGAGUCUCAGGAGAUGCACUCCUGUCGGCUUCGGGAGUUGAAGCGGGGGUUGGAGCGCGAAAAGCUUUACCGCGGGCGCUUAAGAGAUCACAUGGUCGACAACAACGUGUUCAGGUUGCUACUGGAAGAGUUUAAGAAAGAGAACAAGUGCCGCGCACGCUCAAUCGAAGCUCACAUGAAGGAAGCUAAACGCGUCAUCGAGUUGGGGCUCCAAUCAUCCAUGAACGUGCGACACACGUCAAUAACGGCUCGAGCGAAGAACGGGAACAACACGAUAAAGACUCUUGAACGCCGCCAGAAGGAACGCAGGCAGUUGAAAGAGCUCAAGGAAGACGUCCAGACUCGUGGCGAGUCGUGGGAACAGUACUGCAAGCAGUGGAGGAUGACGGACAAGGUGAACGAGGUCAAGCCAUUUCAGGAUACCGACGUGAUGUUUAAAGCAAUGCACGACCUAGCCGGCAUUCGAAUCUCACUCUACUUUCCCAACGACGUGGAAAAGGUGGUUGAGUUUCUGCAAAGAACCUUUGUCAUCGUCGAGAAGCCCAGCCGAAAAGGGAGGCUCACCCGAGAUUUCCAAAAAGUCCGCAAGUUUGUGGAACAACAACGCCAGAGAGGCCUCGAUUCCGAGGAAGACAUUAGUUGUGUGAAUGAGUCAACAUCACGUGGGUUUAGAGCUACGCACUUGGUUGUCCGUCACAUCAACCUCGAUUUCGACCCGCACGCGAAGGACGACCCCGAAGUCAACAUCGAAAUUCAGAUUGGCACCAUUGUGAUGCAUGCAUGGUCCGACAUCGAGCAUGAAAUCCUAUACAAACCCUCCGGGGCCGAAGAGCCGACCGAAGACGUGGUCAGCACGUUAGAUCUCAUCAACUCGAUUGUCACAUUGGGUGAAGAGGCUCUACGACAGCUCGAGUCCGUGUCCUCCCGACAGGCAACGCGUCAGGCCGAGGACCGCACGAAGAAGGCCUUCAAUUAUCAUCACAUGGUUCCGUGGCUCGAUAAAUAUUUCAUGGAUCGUGAAACACUCUUGCCGCCUAAGCACGAGUGGCGAUCGAUGCCGCAUUUGUUCGGGAUACUCGAAGCCACAAGCGAGCACACGUAUGGUCGAGUCGAAGAGCUUCCGGACGACAUGAACCCAAAGCCAGAAGACAUGGGAGAACUACCUGCUCUAAUGCUACAGCAUCUGGGUAAAGACACAUACCCAUUCAAGAACCCGGAGAAUCUUGGACAACCUCACUUGGCCACUACCUGGAACUCGCGCUACUGGGCUACGUGUCUCGUCAACACUCUGAACUUGGCCACUUACAUGAACGAGUCGGCCGCGAUGUACUCCGCCAUGUUGGCCGAAUCUUGCCGAGACCAGAGCCUACAUGACAGGCGACCAACGUUGGCCGAGUUUCUCGACAUCUUGCACCCCAGCAAGCCAAUGCACCGACCUAGCCGAGAGUCAGAGAUGAUUCAGUUUUGCAUACGACUCCUCGAAGUCGACUUCGGUUCAACUGAGCAGCGGCAUCUCUUGAUUGCCGCUGUUAAACUAGCCUCAGCUGGGUAUGUCGCGCGUCCACGACUUAUGAAAGCAGAAGAGGAGUCCUUGCUCAACUGGGGGAAACAACCGAUGGUUUUCUCACCCUCUGCGCUUUGGGUGAGGAUAUCCCUUGUCAAAGGAAGCGAUGACCUCUACUUUAUCCCCUCCUGGACCGUUGAUGAUGGCCGCGCUUGGAAACCAACAAUGCGCGACCCAGGAGAUGGCUGGGUCAUUACUCAGGGCUGUUUUGUCCACAGCACCCUGAUUGACUUUGAGCUUGACGUGAUUGGCGUGGAACUCUACGCAGAACACCUGCAUCGUGUUCUUGAAGUCGGAAAUAGGGCAACCGUUGAGGUCAUUCAGUUGGGUAGCAGACUCUUCGCCAGCCAUCAGCCCAAGGACACCUGA